CAUAAAACUGCGUUCUCUUCCUGGCACUUGGGGCCUUGCUACACCAGUUUUCGCGAAUACCCCGGCAUCUUGCGCCCGCGUUCCCAAUUCCUUUCCGUUUCUUCGCGCCACUUGCUGCAAGUUGGUCCGUCAAGAUGUGUGGCAUUUUUGGCUACGUCAACUACCUGGUGGAAAAGGACCGCAAGUUCAUCAUUGACACACUCAUCAAUGGCCUCUCCCGUCUCGAAUACCGCGGCUACGACUCCGCCGGCUUUGCCAUCGAUGGCGAUAAGAAGAAGGAGGUGUUUGCCUUCAAAGAGGUGGGCAAGGUCGCGAAGCUGAAGUCCCUCGUGGAUGAGGCCCAGCUCGAUCUCACCAAGGUCUUCGAUUCACACUGCGGCAUUGCCCACACGCGGUGGGCUACCCACGGCCCCCCGUCGCGCAUCAACUGCCACCCUCACAGGUCAGACCCCAACUGGGAGUUCUCCAUCGUCCACAAUGGCAUCAUCACCAAUUACAAGGAGCUGAAGACGCUGCUCGAGAGCAAGGGCUUCCGGUUCGAGACCGAGACCGAUACCGAGUGCAUUGCCAAGCUCGCCAAGUACAUCCACGAUCAACACCCCAACGUGGGCUUCACCGACCUCGCCAAGGCUGUUAUUAGCGAGCUUGAGGGCGCAUACGGUCUGCUGAUCAAGAGCGUGCACUACCCUCACGAGGUGAUUGCUGCUCGCAAGGGUUCCCCGCUGGUCAUUGGUGUCAAGACGCAGAAGCGCAUGAAGGUCGACUUUGUCGAUGUCGAGUAUGCCGACGAGAGCAACCCGCUGCCCGCCGAGACGGCCGCGCAGAAUGUGGCGCUGAAGAAGUCGGCCGGUGACGGCAACUUCCUGUCCCCCAAUGGCCUGCUGGGCGCCGCCGACAAGUCGCUCCUCCACCGCUCGCAGUCGCGCGCCUUCAUGACGGAUGAUGGACUGCCGAUGCCCACCGAGUUCUUCCUCUCGUCGGAUCCCUCCGCCAUUGUUGAGCACACCAAGAAGGUCAUGUACCUCGAAGACGACGAUAUCGCCCACAUCCACGAGGGUUCGCUCAACAUUCACCGCCUCAAGAAGGCCGACGGAAGCAGCAACGUGCGGACGAUUCAGACGCUCGAGCUCGAGCUGCAGGAGAUCAUGAAGGGCAAGUUCGACCACUUCAUGCAGAAGGAGAUUUUCGAGCAGCCCGAGUCCGUCAUCAACACGAUGCGUGGCCGUCUCGACAUCGCCAACAAGACGGUGACGUUGGGCGGCCUCCGCAACUACAUCAGCACUAUCCGCCGAUGCCGUCGCAUCAUCUUCAUCGCGUGCGGCACUUCGUAUCACAGCUGCAUGGCUGUCCGUGGUGUCUUCGAGGAGCUCGCCGAGAUUCCCAUCGCCGUGGAGCUCGCGUCCGAUUUCCUCGACCGCCAGGCCCCGGUCUUCCGAGACGACACGUGCGUCUUUGUGUCUCAGUCUGGCGAGACGGCCGACUCGCUGAUGGCCCUGAGGUACUGCCUUGAGCGCGGUGCCCUGACCGUGGGCAUAGUGAACGUGGUCGGUUCGAGCAUCUCCCUCCUCACCCACUGCGGUGUGCACGUCAACGCCGGUCCCGAGAUUGGUGUUGCCUCGACCAAGGCCUACACCUCGCAGUUCAUCGCCCUCGUCAUGUUUGCCCUGUCGCUCAGCGAGGACCGGGCGUCGAAGCAGAAGCGACGUGAGGAGAUCAUGGAGGGUCUGAGCAAGAUCAGCGACCAGAUCAAGUCCGUCCUGCAGCAGGACCAGAAGAUCAAGGAGCUCUGCGCCAAGACGUUUAAGAACCAGAAGAGUCUGCUCCUCCUCGGUCGUGGCAGCCAGUUCAGCACAGCGCUGGAGGGCGCCCUCAAGAUUAAGGAGAUCAGCUACCUGCACUGCGAGGCCGUCAUGAGCGGUGAGCUCAAGCACGGCGUCCUCGCCCUGGUGGACGAGAAUCUGCCCAUCAUCAUGAUCCUGACUCGUGACGAGAUCUUCAAGAAGAGCCUCAACGCCUACCAGCAAGUCGUCGCUCGUGGUGGAAAGCCUAUUGUGAUUUGCAACCCGGAUGACGAGGAGUUCAAGGCUAGCCAGGCCGAGAAGAUCGAGAUCCCCAAGACGGUCGAUGUCCUGCAGGGCAUUCUGAACGUCAUUCCUCUGCAGCUGAUUGCUUACUGGCUCGCAGUCAUGGAGGGUCUCAACGUCGACUUCCCUCGUAACCUGGCCAAGUCGGUGACAGUGGAGUGAGGUGGGUUGUUGGUUUGUCGGAUGAGCACGGAGCAAUUUUUUUUUUUUUUUUAAAAAAAAAAAAAAAGGUUGGGCGCUCUGCCGGCCGUCCACGAUGGACGUUAAGCCCAGAGCUUCUGUAGUAGUAAUAUCUGGCUCUGUUGCAGUCACAUCCGAAUGGUCAGGACCCUUCCGGGAAGGAGAAACUGCCGACGGCGCCGCGACGAAUGAGGUCCGAGCAUCAUAGCCUCCUUCGUCUUUGUCUGGGUUGGAGAGGGGCACAAGAGGGAUCGCAAAGGGAGAUUAUUAUGGCCGGAGGAGCCACCAUUUUUUUCUAUGAAGCAAAGCAUCACUUGUUAUGAGGACAACCAUACACAGUUCCGGCUUCACAAAGUAGUGGCUCAGCUCUGGUGCACUCAUUGAUGCAUGUCAUGCCUGCACUGUUUAUGCGCUUGAACAACCCAAAAAAAAUAAGAACAAGGAGAUGGCAUGCCGCUGGAUGGUCGGAGCAAAAUCUACAGGGGAUCAUGAUUCAUGCCUAUACCCAUCUAACCCAUCCGAGUCCUCCUAGACAGUCUGGGUGCCAUAGCCGCGGAUCCGUUCGGCAAACGCCCAGCUCUGCUUCUCCAGCUGCUCGUUCUCGCUCAGCUCGACGCCGUCCUUGGUGACGAUGGCGAUGCUGUACCGGUCCAGCGAGCGCGCGUCGCGGUAAAAGAGCACCUUCAUGCACUCCUUGACCACGUUGACGGCCUCGUCGCGCGUCAGCCGCGCGGCGUCCUCCUCGGUCGCGGCGAAGCGGCGCAUGAUGGGCUGGGCCAGCAUGGCGCCGUAGCCCGUCGCCAGCGAGGGGGACGUGAAGGUGGUCCCGCGCAGGUCGACCGAGGCGAGGAAGGGCUUGGCCUGUCCGUCGAAGCCGGCCACGAGGAUCUGGUUCCACAGCGGGUCGAAGUCGUUGCGGCGCCGGUACAUGAGCUUGGAGAGGUACUUGUGCAGGUUGGCCGCGUUGAGCUGGCCGCCCCGCCCGCGGGACGAGGAGCCGUCGUCUGUCGCCGCCGCCGCCGCCGCCGCCGCCGCCGCCGCCUCUUGCUCGUACGACUCGUCGAUGGCCAGCUCGUUCAGGUGGCGGUCGAGGAACUGCAUGUCGGAGACGUCGCCGCCGAAGCCGACGACUGAGGUCGAGAGGAACGGGCGCAGCCUCUUCACGUCGGUGAAUCGUGCUAGGGAGCCGUAGGAAGCCAGGUUGUCGGCAGCCAUGACGACGCCGUCCUUGAACUUGAUGGCAAUGACCGACGUGCCCGUCACGACGGGGGAUUGUGUUGCCGUCUUGGGCCCGCUGGUCCGGAGGUAAGAGGCAUCAUAGGCGCCGUAGACGUCGUCUCUCGGUCGACCCCAGGCUUGCGGGCGGUGAUCCAUGACUGCGGGGUAUGGGUAUGGCUGAUUGAAUCAAGUCGGGGGGAAAUCUUGACAAUGUCGGCGAAAGUUAUCUCGCGUUGAGUUUGUUUUCUUUUUAAAGGUUCGUGGGUGGAGAUUUGUCGGCGGAAGGGUGGU